GGAUAAAACGCUGCUCCAGACUACACAGCCUAUUUAUUUAGACCCCUGUGCUCUACAUGGAUUUUAAACACACUCAUUUAAAGUGAAUAUACGUAGAUUUUUAUAUAUAUAUAUAUAUAUAUAUAAAUAGACGAGGUAAGCAGUGAGGAAUAGCUACACGUUUAAUUUGAAAGAAAUCCAGAGGCUCAUUCCGCAGAUCAUCCUUCUGUCUUCGUGAUUUCAUAGUGUGGUAAUGGGAAAUGAUGGAGGAUAAAGCGCCCCGUGUAGCCGACUACUUCGUGGUUGCUGGCCUCACCGAUUCAUUGAAGCCCCUGGAGGAGGACCUGCACUUAGAUGAUGCUGGCACCAAAUCUGUUAAACCCAAAGCCCCUAUUACCGAUGUUGCUGUAGUGAUACGGUCCCUUGGUGAAGAGGUGCCCCCAGGCUUCACCUGUGUGGAGAGCACCCCCUCAGGCCUCUCAGCAGAGCUUAAUGGAGCCAGCCUCAGGGGCCCACAGAUCUUCUUGUGCUACAAGAGAGGCAGAGAUAAGCCUCCACUGACAGAUCUUGGUGUUUUGUAUGAGUGGAAAGAGAAGCUGAAGCCUGGAUGCCACAUCGUCCAGACUACGCCCUCGGGUCGCCCCGCCAACAUCAGCAACUCAUCCUCCCAGCGAAUCUACAUCACAUACCGGCGUGCGCCGAAGAGCCAGCCUCAUACUUCCCUGGCUGUCACCGAUGUCUGCGUCAUCGUUCCUGGCAAGGGGGAAAUGCCUCCUCACACUUUCUGCAAGGUGGACAAGAACCUCAAUAGCAGCAUGUGGGGAUCUUCAGUCUACCUUUGCUAUAAGAAGUCUCUUGCUAAGGCUAACACAAUUGCAUACAAAGCAGGUUUGCUGUGCAGGUAUCCCAAAGAGGACUACGAGUCUUUCCCACUGCCCGAGUCAGUCCCUAUGUUCUGCCUGCCAAUGGGGGCGAUGAUUGAGUGUUGGCCAGCUCACACCAAACACUCUCUGCCCGUUUUUUCCACAUUUGUACUGACGGGAGCUUCUGGAGAAAAGGUGUAUGGAGCAGCUAUCCAGUUUUAUGAGCCUUACCCAGAGGAGAACCUUUUGGAGCGUCAGCGGUCACAACUGGGCCUGCCAAACUGUCAUCUGGGACCUGAAAGCAGUAGAAAUGUUUACAACAACAAGAGCAUCUGUUUACUCUCCCACUGGCCCUUCUUCCAGUCCUUCAAGAGCUUUCUCACAUUCCUGUACCGAUAUUCCAUCUCUGGACCGCAUGCACUCCCAAUUGAAAAGCACAUCUCUCACUUCAUGAAAAAUGUUCCAUUUCCCUCUACCCAGAGACCAAGAAUCCUUGUGCAGUUGUCUCCACAUGACAGCCUGAUUCUGAGCCAACCUGUGUCCUCUCCGCUACCUCUUAGCGGUGGGAGCCUCUCCACACUACUUCUGAAUUUGGGGCCAAAAAAUGCAGUCACCCUGCUUGUGCUGGCCGUCACCGAACACAAGAUCCUGGUUCAUUCCUUGCGCCCAGCUGUGCUCACCAGUGUUACUGAGGCCCUUGUGUCUAUGAUCUUUCCUUUCCACUGGCCUUGCCCCUACAUCCCUCUGUGUCCACUGGCCCUGGCAGAUGUUCUUAGCGCACCCUGCCCUUUUAUCGUGGGUUUGGACUCCAGAUACUUUGACCUUUAUGUUCCUCCUGCAGAUAUCAGCUGUGUUGAUUUGGACACCAACACCAUCUCCCAGAAAGACGAAAAGAAGGCUCUAACAUGGAAAACCUUGCCCAGGAGAGCCUGUAAGCACCUUCUGAACAGCCUGAAUAAGCUCUAUCAGCAGCUCACAGAGGGUUGCCAGUUAAAUCGUGAUGAUGUGCAGAUGGACCACAUGGUAACUGACAGUGAGCUUUACGGAGCAAAGAGCCUCCACACUCUUGAGCUGGAGAUCCAAGAAACUUUCCUCCGCUUCAUGGCAGCCAUCCUUCGAGGCUACCGCUCCUACCUGCAGCCCAUCACCCAAGCCCCCUCUGAGAAGACCACGGAUGUAACCUCCCUUUUUGACCUUCAAGGAUUCCUAAAGAGCAGAGACCGCUCCCAUCAGAGGUUUUACUCCCUCAUGACCAAGACUCAGAUGUUCAGUCGCUUCAUUGAAGAGUGCUCCUUUGUCAGUGAUAAAGACGCCAGCCUGGCUUUCUUUGAUGAGUGUGUUGAUAAGUUGUACACUUCUGGGAACAAGGUUGACAGUGAUCGGCCAGAGGACACCAGACUAAUUGAGUUGGAUGAAUCCCAUCGCAGCGAGCACACAGUUUAUAUCAACCCUCCGGAACUGCCUCCCCUGCCUCAAGGAGAAGAACAUCCUCUGUGCUAUAGCUACUCUGGGUUCCCUGUGCUAAGGUCUGUGCUUUUAGAGCCCCUGGAAGGACCAGAAUCUAUCUCCGCAGGCAUUGCUUCACGCCACGUCACCCCAGCCAGUCCUACAGCCAUUUUUAGACGCUCAAAACAGGAGAUCAAAUCAGCUCAGAAGAUGGCCAAAACACAUUCAUCUAUGCCUCAGAUGUGGUCUACGUGUUUGCUUCGGCACUGCUACGGCUUGUGGUUUAUUUGCCUGCCAGGAUUUGUGGGAAACUGCCACUCCAAGGUGCGGGCCCUGCGCACAGCUUACGAUGUAUUGAGGAAGAUGCAAGACAAGAAACUGCAGGCUCCUGAUGAGGUGUGCUACCGUGUGCUGCUGCAGUUGUGCGGUCAGUACAGCCAGCCAGUGUUAGCUGUCAGGGUGUUGUUUGAGAUGAAGAAGGCAGGAGUUCAGCCCAAUGCGAUAACUUACGGAUACUAUAACAAGGCUGUUUUGGAAAGCACCUGGCCCUCCACCACCAGAGGAGGGUACUUCCUGUGGGGGAAACUGAGGAACGUGAUCCUUGGUGUUCUUCAGUUCAAGCAAGCAGGGAAAAAACAACAGACUCCACACAAAGACCCCCAGCUUUCAGACGGCAGUGAUCUCGACACAGUCAGCCAUGGCAGUUUAGACAGCAGUAAUGACUUAGUGGAACGCACCUCCAUCGAUACCGACUUCACUAAAAUGGACUCCAGCGAUGAUGGAUUGAGUACAGGUGGGCAAUCUGAUCAAGGCUACGAUUCCUUGUCGAAAGAGGAGGAGAGGCUGUGCAACCCAGAGAGCGAUAAUUCUGCAGCGGUGGAAGAAAAAGGACCGAAGCAGCCCAACACUGGCACCAUGGUUAUUUCCAGCCCUAAUGAGACUCUGUUGUGCCCAGUGCUGCCAAAGACCGAGAGGCCCAAAUCUCUGGACUUGUCUGGUGGACAGGGAUUAGUGAUCCUCACUGUCCCUGUCUUUGGUUCGACAAAGCAGCAUCAUCUUGCUGCAGACAGACUACACGGUGUGGAAGAAGAGGAUACCAAGACUGACGAGCAAAAAUCAGUCAGAAAGAGACAGACCAAUAUGGAGACAGGGUAUGAUCCCUUAUCACAGAUGCCGCCAGCAGGAACAGAACAGCGGUUUGACCCGGGCAAGGUCAGCUCACCUAGUGCCAAAGAGACUGAAAUGUUCAUAAAUAGCAGCAACAGCCCUUUGAGCAGCCGCUCAUCCAGUGUGGUACUGCAGAACUCCUCAAGCCCAUUGUUUCGCUCCACCUCAUCAGCUCAUACAUCCCCACAGUCCUCCACCCUCAACGGCUCCAACGCACACCUCUCACUUCCUGUGAGAUCCAAGGAGAGGCUAAAGUCGUCGCCAUCUCUUCCUCUGGGCAUGUGUAACAAAGACAGGGAAAGACCUUCUUCCUUGGCUUUACCAUCCUCACCCAGUCCCUCCACCUCAUCAUUCUCCAUGGACUCAAUGUUGACUCCAACUCUGGAUAUCUUCAAGAACAGUGUCAUAUCAGCAGGAAAGGGUGUGGCCGAGAAGGCCAGCCGCCUCUACUCCCGUUUGUCCUCACAGACGUCAUUAACACAGGAGGGAAACAGUGAUCGUAUGAGCGUUUCCUCGCUGACCUCAGCUGAGGUAGACUGCUCCUCACUGCUGGAUAAUGACUCCUGCCUGGAUCCUCAUGGCUUCACUUCCCCUCAGCAUGGGAGCAUAUCACGGGUCAGGAGAAGCCCUGCUGCAGCUCCCCAAACCAACCCGAGCAGCCCAAACAGAGUGUUCAGACAUAACUCCUUCUCUGGUGGUUUAGCACUUCCUUCGAAGUGCCCACGCACUCCAGAUUCUUCUCCUGAUGUCAGCCGCUUCCAUCCCAGCCCUAAUUACACCAUAGAAGUGCUGAUGUCUAGCUGUUCACUUUGUAAGACAUGUGAUUGUUUGGUGUAUGAUGAAGAGAUCAUGGCAGGUUGGACAGCAGAUGACUCAAACCUUAAUAGCACCUGUCCUUUCUGUGGCACUGCCUUCCUGCCUUUCCUUAAUGCGGAAAUCAAAGAUCUGAGACCACAAAAUAGGUCAUCUAAGUGGAGUAAUCCUGCUAAAGAGGAGAACACGUCUGCACCGCUCAACCCUGAGGCCAAAACAUCUGAGUUAGCUCAGCCAUCUGCUACUCCUGCACUGAAGCAGGAGAGCAGCUGGAGUGUUCACAAUGAUGCGCCAGGCUUGGCACGAGCAUCAGCUCUUGAUCCGGUUACGGUGCCGUACCUGAGCCCCCUGGUUCUCUGGAAGGAGCUGGAGAGCCUGCUGGUGAACGAGGGGGAACAGGCCAUCUCCUCCCCCAGUGUUGUUGACCAACAUCCCAUUGUCUUCUGGAACCUUGUGUGGUACUUUAGAAGGCUGGAGCUACCAAGUAACCUGCCAGCUCUUAUCCUGGCUUCCCAACACUGCAGCCAUGGUGACCAGACACCCCAGACUGUUUCAUCUGAGGACGGCAAGCACGUAUUGGUGAGGAUUAUGUGGGACAACUUGAAGCUGCACAAAGAUAAAGUUCAACCCUGCUAUGUCCUGUGGAAUACACACUGUGCCAACUCUUUGAUCCGCUCUGGGCUGUGUGAAGAAGGGCAGCUUUUCACAGUGGAGCUGCUACAGGGUUUUGUGAGGAGCAUCAAGAAGAGCGACGUCUAUCAGCCCAUGAGCCAGAUCAUCCAGCUGCUGGGGCCCAACUUGGGUUUCAAGAGACAGAGGAGCCUCUACAGAGAUUUACUGUUUCUAACUCUUGUGGCUUUGGGGAAGAACAACAUUAAUAUCAAUGCUUUUGACCGGGAGUAUAGGUUGGCCUAUGAUCGGCUCAGCCCCAACCAAGUUAAACUGACACACAACUGUGACAGGCCCCCGGGAGCUGGGGUCAUGGAGUGCAGGAGAACGUUUGGAGAGCCCAGUUUGUAAACGUCCUGAUUUUUAAAAAAUGUGUGUAUAUAUUCUGCUGCUGUUAUAUUGGACUGCUCUUCACACUCAGGACCAGCUCAUCUGACUUGGCCAUGGAGCUCUCAGUAAGCACAAUGGAACAAUCCCCCCUUAAUGCAAAUUAACUGCCAUGAGUUUCCUGUACUGUUAGAGCUGAAAGGUAUGAAGGCCUUUGUGUUUGUAAAUAUACAGAGAAAAUCAACCAUAUUUUGAAUAUCUCUGUAGUAACAUGUUUGUACAGUUGUUAUACAGUCUAUUUUAUGACUUGAUUUGUGUUGAAGGUGUGAAUAAGUGGGUAAAUGUGAGCAUAAGAUCACAUUAUAAAAGGUUUCUCAGUGGUCUCUGGUGACCUUGUUUGGACUCUUGUUGCUUUUAGAUGUUUAUGAUUUUACAAAGCACUUUGACAGGAUGAGCUGUGUGUUCUCUGUUAUAUAAAUAUGUGGUCCCGCAGCCAAAGUCACAUUUUAUUUAGUAUUUGCAGGAGUUGCUGUUCUGACAUUUGAGUUGGAUUAGUUUAAUAAAAUGAAAUCUUUUUCUGCUAACAUGCACUCUGUAAAACUGUCACAGCCAUGCUGAUUUGCCUUGAUACAUUAAACCAGAUGGUUAUAACAAUGCUGGUUUGAAACCAGUAAGGUAACAAUGAAUUAACACAUAUCUACUGUCUUUUUUUAAUCCUUUUUAAAAAUGCAUGAAAAAAGACCCAAUAGAGAAUAUAAUUUAUAUAAUUUAUUUACAGAUUUCCAAGCUUUUUUAAAGAGGUAGUUAAAAAUGUAUGUGUAAUAUACAGACAUUAAAAGGAGAUGUGCUCAAAAACAGUAUGAUUAAAGAAAAAGUGGAGUUCUUUUUACAAAGUUUUAUCGGGCACAGUUAUAGAUCCCUGUAACUGUACAGAAUGUUUGUAUUUUGUAUGCUUUGUUUUUGGUGUAGAUGUCAGUUUUGGAUACUUGGGCAGCCUUUGCACUGUUUAUUGUGAAGUACAGAUAAAAAAAAGAUUUUCACCCCGUCUACUAUGAAUAGAUGCCAGCGUAGGUUUCUUUGCACUGCAAUCAUCACCUGAAAGUUACAUGAUAAAGCUCUGACCUGCCCUAUUUUAAUCUCACUUUAAAACUGAGUGUGAAGCAUCUUAGUACAGUGUUUCACUGGAAGCUGACAAAAAAAAAAACAGCUGAGAUUUAAUUACAUUGAGCUUCACAAUCACGUCUGAUGAUACAAUGCUGGAUGAGUCAAGGCUGUGUGCUCGGAUCGAACAGCAACCUCACAGCAUGUAAAUCUGCAUUAUGACCACCUGAUAAGUGUCUGAAAACCACUGAAGACCAAAAUGUAAUAUUAUGUCUUAUGUGAUGUUUACACUAACUGUCAAUUUUAACAAUGUUUCUGAAGUAUUAUUUAUCGUUUGUAACACAGAUACUAAUUUCUAUGAUUUUUACAUUAAAAAAAGAAAAUUUCUUCACUGACCGGAUCUAUACUUUGCCUUGAUUUAUGAAUAAACACAUUUACCAAGUGGA